AUGCACGACGGCGAGGCCGGGCCGUCAGCCUUCAUGGAUAUCGAUCAUCUCGUCAUGGACAAGCAGCAAGCCUCUGCCUUGACUGCUCACCAAGAUGCCCGCACCCUCAUCCGCUUGAUCCAGUGUCCACAGUGCUCCAAGCCCUACACCCACCCCGUCACCCUUCCCUGCGGCAACUCGCUAUGCCGCACGUGUCUACCUCAAACCUACUUCCGCGAAGGCGUUUCAUAUCCCGAUACUCCUGGACGACAACGCGGCUUCCUCUGUCCCUACGACGACUGUGCCGAAGAGCAUGUCCUCGCAGACUGCAGCAUCGACGUUACCCUCUCAAAACUCAUGGAAGCCAUUGCGGAACUCGUCCGUCGACACAUCGAACUGGCUGGCAGUCGAGAAACGUAUAUGGAAGAGGUGGUAAAACAAGACGAAGUCCUAGGUCCCAUAACAUCGGUCGACCUGGACAAAGAGAGCCCUCGAUGCUGGACCAUGCCUGGCGCUCGUCUGGUCGCUACAUACAACCUCGCCGGUUCCGGCAUCCUCAAAUACAAGACCGAGGUCACGUACACAGACUUGCCUGACGCAGGCGAAGCCGCGAAACAGACAGAUCAGGCGCUGCUCGUACAACUGCUUGAUACGGCGCAAAAAGAGGUUGACUGCCAGGUCUGCUACAACAUCAUGUUUGAUCCUGUCACAACAGCUUGCGGCCAUACACUCUGUCGCAAAUGUCUGGCUCGCACUCUCGACCACUCGACCCAUUGUCCCGUCUGCCGUCGCUCCGUCAUCACUCCACCUUCGCUACUCAAAUACCCAAGCAACAAAACUCUGGUCAGUCUUCUUGAGGGUCUCGUUCCAGACAUUGUCUCCGCUCGCGCCGAAGCUGCCGCGCUGGAAGACGCUAUCGCUACUUCGGAUUUCGAAACUCCCUUGUUUGUCUGCACCCUUGGUUUUCCUGGUUGUCCGACUUUCCUGCGUGUCUUUGAGCCAAGAUACCGUCUCAUGAUCAGACGCGCCAUGGAAGGGAAUCGACAAUUUGGCAUGGUUACAUACAACCGCCACGGCCUGCCUCAAGAAGGGCUGGGCAACACACAAUUUUUGGCAUAUGGCGUCAUGCUUUACAUUGAAAAUGUGCAAAUGCUUCCUGACGGCCAGAGUAUUGUCGAAACCAAGGGCAUGUACCGUUUCCGUGUGAAACAGCACGGUACUUUAGAUGGCUAUACUGUAGGCAGGGUCGAACGUGUCGAAGACGUCUCCCUUCAGGAAGAAGAGCGUCUAGAAGCCGAGGAAACCUCGCUGCCACCAGCUGCCGAAAAUGACAUGGAGGGUCAAGUCAACCGCAUGUCGACUCGUGAACUCCUCAUGCUCGGACUCGAUUUCAUCCUUGUCAUGCAAGGCCGAAGCGCACCCUGGCUGCACCAACGCAUCCUAGAAGCCUAUGGCGGCCCGCCGGACGACGCCGCUCUCUUCCCCUUCUGGUUUGCCAGCAUCCUCCCCAUCAGUGAAGAUUGGAAGUACCACUUGAUGCAGACCACAAGUGUACGAUCCAGACUGAAGAUCACUGCACUUUGGGUCAAACACAUGCAGACGCAGCGAUGGUACCAAAGCAAUGCAUGCACAGUCUUAUGA